AUGAGUGUCCAGGAGUACACUCUGAAGUUUAACCAACUGGCCCGUUAUGCAAAAGAAAUGGCAGGUAGUAUAAGAGCCUGGAUGAGGAAAUUUGCAUUCGGCCUUUCAGACGAUCUAGUGCUUGAAUGUCAGGGGGCUAUGCUGAAUAGAGACAUGGACUUUGCUAGGCUAUCAGUCCACAUGCAGCAAGUAGAUGAAAAGAAAAAGAAAAUCGCUGAAUCUAAAGAGAAGGACAGACAGGCAAAGAGAGCCAGAAUAGUAGAUCAGAAUCACAGUCAGCAGCAGAGCGGGAGAUGUCUGUUUGGCACAUUGGUGUUUUACUCCUACAUCCAGCCAGGCCAUAUCCAGAGAGACUGUCUAGCAGCGAGAAGUAAUAUUGGAGGAUCCAAGUCACAGGCAAAUUCUUCUGCACCACCACCACCUCAGAAGGGUGCCACUUCAGCCUCUGGAAAUGGCCGCAAUCGAUUGUCUGCCUUGACCAACUGCCAGGAGGCGGAGGCCUCCCUAGAUAUAGUUCCAAGUACGUUAUAA